GGUGGCGCCGGUCAACAAAAAUUGUUGAACGGGGCCUGCCUUCAAGGCUUCCUCACCUUGUCCUCACCGUAAGAGCUAGGGCCCCUAGUUCAUCAUGGAUGGCUGUGACCUUGACACCACCAUGUGCUUGACCGAAAACAUAGGCGAUCGGAUUUCCUCCCGUUCUUCAAGAUACACGAUUACGAGUUGAUUCAGGGGCUGAUACCAGGAGGUCAUGACGACGCUCAACAAAAAUAGACACAGUAUCAUAUCUUGAACAGAAACAAGAUCUGCCAAUCAAUCUGUGGCUGUCUGUCUAUCAUGAUGCACCUUUGUGUUAUCUCGAAACUUUGUCUUUAGUUGUCAAUGUCAGGGACUGGUUAUGAACCCAAAUAUGAGAUAACAACUAGAGGUUGCCGGGAUACGAUAUCAGUCUCUCGACGUCGAACAGCUACGGAGCUGCAGUCUAUCAUUUUCUGAGCAUCGGAACCUGAAAGCGAACCGGGCUUAUCUUGUGUUGGUGGAGGUCACCGGUGCACCUAAUUGCAGGCUACAGCCCAUGAUUGCUUCAGCAGGGACUGUAACGACCAAGAACUUAUUGCCGUCAAUGUCCAUGGCAGGCCGACAUAGGACAUUCAUCGGACAUAUGGCAGCUCUCUUGAUCUCGGUACAUAGUCACUGGAGUCCAGGACCUCGGCUUCUAGCCGAAGGUCUAGGAAGAACAGUUCAAGAAGAAGAACAUGACGGACAUAAUGUCCGAUUCGGAAGAUAAAGUACGGAAGAGUCAUAUCUGAUGCUCAUGGGCUGUGGUAUGAUGGCACUGGACCCAACAGGGUAUGAUGAAAGUAUCCGAGGUUCGAUCAAGACAUGGCAGCUUGGGCUACCCAUGGUCGAUUGAUUGAUUAGAUUCAAACUUUGUGCCUUGCAUCUGCUUUGCAUACGCGAAACUCUCUCUACAAAUCUUAUGAAAACGACCAGAACUACAACCUUCAAGUGAAGAGAUCAUGAUGUUAAUUCCAUCGGACUGUCGACUCUGGUUCCUGAUUAUUUGCAGGAUCUGUGAUUCUACAUUUUCUUCUCCAAUCGAGGCUACAGACCAGAUCGUCAAUGGCGUCACUGAAGAACCCCAAAAAUGCCCCGCCAUCGUCAGGUACAGCAUCUAAAUUUGGACAUCGACGACUCAUGAUAUGCGCCUUUUUGUGUACAAGAGUGGGAAAAUAUGACUUCUAAGUAGAAGAAACAUUACAGAAUCUGUUCUUUCACCCUUUCAUUGAAAAUCAGUGUCAAUUUCGGUUUCCCAAGGAGAAUAGACUGUUGCUUAUCAAUUUUCGAUUCUGCUAUUACCCCUCCCCCGCUUCAACCAACUCUUGCGAUAUCGCUUGGAAAUACACAACCACAGACCUUUCCAGGACAAAUCUUCAGGUUUCGCAAGAUGGCAGACUCAGAAUCCCGGAAACGAGCUGUCGACUCGCCUAAAGUCUGGACGAGUCUUAUCACGAACCUGGAUUACUUGCCCGGUCUUCUCACCCUCGAACAUUCUCUUCGCGCCGCCAAAUCUCGUUACCCUCUUGUGGCACUAUAUACCGAUUCAUUCCCCCCUGAAGGUCACACAGCUCUCCGUGCUCGUGGCAUUGCCGUUCAGCACAUCCCAUACUUACUGCCAACCAAAGGCAAGGAUUACUCCAAUGACCCACGGUUCUACGAUUGUUGGAGCAAGCUUGCGCCUUUCUCUUUGACCGAAUAUGAGCGCGUCGUCCAGCUCGACUCGGACAUGCUUGUUUUGCGCAACAUGGACGAGCUGAUGGAUCUCGAGCUGGACCCUCCUUCGAUUGCCGAGACUGGUGAUAAGACCGUCAGCAAGCGUGUCUUUGCAGCCGGUCAUGCCUGUGUAUGCAACCCCCUCAAGAAGCCUCACUAUCCAAAGGACUGGAUUCCUGAGAAUUGCGCAUUUACCUCACAGCACUCGAAUCUCGAUGCCGCGCAAACUGAGGCUGCCGAUCCGUCAGUCGGACCCUUGGGCUUUAUGAACGGUGGUUUGCAGGUCGUCAAUCCUUCUCAGGGCCUCUAUGCGCAAAUUUUGGCGCAUAUGGAGGCCGACGCCGCCAAUAUGGAUUUUGCAGACCAGUCACUUCUCUCAGACUUAUAUCGUGAGCGAUGGGUUCCUUUGCCGUACAUUUAUAACGCGCUCAAGACGCUACGAUGGAAAGGAGUCCAUGAUGCUAUUUGGAGGGAUGAGAGCGUCAAGAACAUUCACUACAUCUUAAGCCCUAAACCUUGGGAUGAGAUUAAUGAGAAGGGUGAGUGGACGGGGAAGGAAGAGAGUCACAAGUGGUGGGUUGAUGCGAACCGUGUCAGAAAAGAGUUGGAGAAAGAGAAGGGAGUCCCUGAUGAUGGCUUUUAAGAAGUUUGGGGCAGUGAUAGUAUUAUGAGCAUGGCCUUUGCGGCUAGUUGAUAGUUCAAGCGAAUGAGCUGAAGAAUACACAUGUGUUGAAUGCAGAAUAUAAACAACAAGCUUUGGGCGAUCCACUCUUUCAUUCUGUUACAGGUAUCUAUAGUAUCAAAUCCAGUCCCAACAAUAGGAAACAUCCAUGAGACAAAGAACCCUCCAAGUAAUAAUAAUCCAACUCCUAGCUAAAUGUGAAAAGAAAAAUCAAUCAACGCAUGCCUGUCCUCUCCAGGGUCUAUGUUGUGCAUCUAAAUGCAUGUCCUGUUUUUACCGAUCUAUCACAGACGAGUGCAUGAAGAAACAUGCCUCUUUCUUAAAGAACAAAAUAUCCCUUUGGUCCGAGCACCGUUAUAUGCAGAGUCGAUUGAAAAACACCGAGAUGAAGAUGGAAAGGACACGGGAGAUCAGAGACACCUGUGAUACUCCGAUGUGAUUGGUAUCUCAAUAUCAUUGCGCCAUAAUAUGUUGCCCACAUUCGUAUCGUGUUCUAGAUAUGUUGAACGAGUCGACGAAGCGACUUAGUAUCGUUUAUAUUUCUGGCAGUUUGUUAGUCAAGCUCGUUGACAUGAACUCAUAUUGACUUACCUCCUCAAUCCUUCGUCUGUUGUUGGGAUCAAUCGAGUUGGUGGCUCCCAUUAGAGUCUGUCCUAUUGCUCGAGUGACACCGACAGCGGAUCUGAAAAUGAUCGUUGGUGCUCGCUUUAGCACAGCCUUUGCGGCGCCAGUAGCUGAAGAGCUCUCCAUGACCUCGCCAGGAACUGCAAUGAUGGCAUCGCGCACGAGAUUCACAUCUCUGGCAAGAGAUCGGUAUCCGCCCCGAAUGCCUGAGAUGACGCCCGUAGGUUGAUCUGCAUAGAGAGAGAUUUGUCUCUGUUCUUCAGGGUCCAUGUCAUCCUCAUCCCAGCCCUCGUAUGCUUGUUGAGGGUCUGAAAGCAUACCCUCGGCACCUUGUAAUGCGUAUUGUGUACCAACAGCAAGCUUGGCACCCAGCUUAACCAGUUCGGUACCGGUCGUGCGAGCAAAGGCUGUGGCACCCUUCGAUAUACUGCGGAUCACACGUCCAUCCUUCUUGUACUCGCGAAUAGGCACCUCAACGAGGUCUCUGAAACCGCUGCCCACAUUGACAAGGGAACGAACAGGUGCCAGACCAGCUAGAAUGCCAGGAAGUUGGUUUGCCUUGACAUCAGGCAUCCAGAUAUCGUUGAGGGUCUUACCGAGCUUCUCAAAUCCCGAGAUACCAUAGAUGAUGACAUGGCGCAGAACCAUUCUCGCCUCUUCGAGAACGAUGAAGUUCAUGAAUUCAGUGGUGUGUCCAGAACGGAGACCAGCAUAGUCAACUCGCUUGGGCUUGAAAUCGAGCUUUACUGCUACGUUGUUGACCUCAGCUCUCUGAAGGAAGGGCACAUCACUUUUUGACGUGUGAACAGGCACUUGGUCAUCCUUGAACUCGAAAAAUCGGGUGAUGAAAUCAAGAGCAUCUUGAUCCACAUGCAGCCUCAGAGGGAGCAAGGUCGCUCUUAGCACAAUCUCAGACGCCUCGAGUGAGGGCUGUGGCUUGACGUUGAGCAGUUCAAGAUGAACCAUGCUAGUGCCCAUUUCUCGCUCUCCCAUAUCCUGGUCAUAGGUUGCAAACUUCUUCCAUGUUGAGGUUGGGACGUGGUCGAAAAUGUCCAGGUUGUCAAUGCGGAUAUCUAUGCUGUUGAGAGUUUCCCCUGAAUUUGGUGGGAAAACAAACAAAUCUGCAUCAACACCUCGUAACUCAAAGGUGAUCUUGUGAUGCCUGCUGCGUUUGAGCUUAAGUCGCUUCGACUUUGGUUGACGGGCACGUGCUGUCCUGUUGGUAGCAGAAGUGAAAGCCGUGGUUGCAACCGAUUCAGUCUCUGUUGCAUUGUCGUUCAGGCCUUCAUUGAUAGCUCGAGACAAUUCUUGGGGAUCACGGUUUGCUGGGAUGCCGAUGUAAAUAGAAUUAAAGAGAAAGUCUCCGAUGGCCUCUUCAUCCUCUAGCUCUUCCUCAUAGACCUGGACUUGACCAGCACGGGCUUGUCGUUCGUAUGCUUUGGCUUCAACGUCCUGAACUGCCUUCGUUAUGACAUCUCGCGUGUGAACCCAGUCAUAGCCGUCAAAAAGGUUCCAUAUAACAUGAACAUCUCGUACGGAUACCCUGACAGGGCUGCGCUUCACCAAGUCGCUGGGCGCCCGAUCGUAGCUGUUCUUCUUCGAAUUCCAGAUCUUGGCUUUGCUGUCCUUUGAAGCGCCGCUACCAUAGUAGUCUUCCUGGAUGACAAGAUCGUCAGAGUCAACUGUUUGCUGGCUUGCUGAGCCAAACCCGGUCAGUAAUACACCCUCGUUAGUGUCUUUCAUCUGGGGCCCGGAGCGAUACGACCCAUGUGAGAUAAUAGAGCUACUUGUGGCGUCGAAAAGCUCCUCGGCAACUGGCUCCUCGUCGUAAAAUUGUGACUGAACUUGCAGCGGGCUGUCUGUGUUAUAGUCGGCCUCUGAAUCGCUCCCAGCCAUCUCCUGAGCACCAGCAAAAUCUUGGUCAAAAUCGUACUCUCCCUCGGGCCUACCGAAAGCUUCAGCUGAAAUAGAAGCGAGCAGAUCCUGCAUGGGGACUACAUCUGUAAGAUACUUAUUCUCCUUACUCGGUGGAGUUGGUGGUUUCAACGCAUUGGCCAAAGAGAUCAGAGUUUGUGUUGAAUCAGCGCAUGUUUCCAGAACAAGGAGGUCAUCUUUGAGCUCAACACAAAGCUGCUUCUCUCCAUCAUCGAGUUCCUUCACAUCGACUACAAGCUUGGCGGAUGAGAUGUAGCAAAUGUCCACAUAUCCUCUGGCGCACAUAUCCGCUACUUGGCGAGAUGUUGAAGAUGAGGCGCGCGGUCUUUGGGUGACUGGAAGUUCGCUUGUUGCAACUUCGGCAAUGUCGUUGAUCAGCAAGAUGGAUGACUUAUUGAUGGUGAAGACAGCAUUGGUCUCCACGUCUUUGGGCAACACGGUGACAAGAUGAGCAUCUGUGAGAGCGAUCACCAUCUUCGAGGGUUGGCCCAGCGGGUUAAGUCCCAAAAGGCAAUCUCGGAAGCCAAUAUCCAGAGUCAUCGGCUUCCCACCCUUGCUCUUCUCACCCGGAGAGCCAGGCUGUCCAGUUAAAGCAUAAUGCGCGUGGUCACCAAGGUUUGCUACUGAGGCAGCAAGGCUGGCUUCGAAAUCUUGGGGUGUGGCGUCUUCUCCAAGCUCGAGAAUAUCCAUGAUCGUAGGGACGCGGUACUCAAUACACAGAUCUUGCAUCUUCAGCUUAAUAACCGGCUCGAUCUCGUCACCAAUCAUCCGUGCCAUCAAGACUGGGCCACGAAGUGAGAUUUCCUUGGCUCCAUAUGUUGCCGUGCUAACCAGCUCUUCUGACCUAUUUCUCUUCACAGAAAGGUCGUGUAUAGCUAUGGCAACAAGUGAAGGGACUGUGAUAUGGCCUACGUGAAGAUCUUUGAUGUCCGCACCGAGGUGGCCAAGCUUGCCGCCAAAGUCUAGACUCAACGCAACCUUUUGGAUCUUUGCUAAGGUCAAUAAGCCGGGUCGGUCAUCUUCAGGCAAGUAUUUUGCGACGGUAGAAAGCUUUGCAACUUCGUCACCAAGGUUCGGUAGAAUUGAGAGCUGGGACAUAUUUUGAACGCGAACAUUCACACCAUCGACUGAGAGUCUCAGUACGGAGCCCUUCCUUCGCUGACGUAGCAAAGUAUCAACCAUGAUCUCGUCGUUAUCGCCAUCGAAUUGAUGCUUUGAAGGGAUGAUUAGCUCUAGGAGUUUCUCGAGAUCUGAAUCGUUAGGGGUCGUCAAGAACUCGACUCGAACUGUGGUGAUCUCGGUAUUAAUAGGAGGAUCUGCUGUUGAGUUCUUCAAGUAUGGCCCUGUUAUUCGAACCAUGCCGCACCCCAAUCCUAUGACCUCGUCACGGCUCACAGCCUUAAUGGAACUAGUUUCAACCAGCAUGCUGCAGUCUUUUCCGAUGAGCUCCACAUAAGAGCCUCCAAUGCGCACGUUAAUCUUAUUUUGUGAUGCCACGGAUUUGUCAUUCGGAUCAACUGGAGUAUCAAAUCGAACCCCUCUAGGCUUUGGUGUAGGAGCAGCUGGUUUGGGUGUUGGUGCAGGACUCGAGGCUAUCGAAGCACUCAUAUUAAGGAAGCUGCUAAGGCCACCGAACCAGCUGAAAGUCUCGUCAAGCCGUCGCAGAUCAAGCUGGAAAACGAGCGGUAGAGUCUGGACAUCUAUUUUGGUUUUGCCGCCUGAUUGAAGGAUUUCAAUUCCAAUAUCAGAACCCGCCGAUAGAAAUGUUUCCCUAACCGAUGCACUCAUGGGCUUGCCCUUGUCGAAGGAUAUGAUGUCGCCAUUUGCAUACCCGAAGCGGAACUUCUGCAAGUCUAUCUUGGUCAGGCUAGCUGGCUGUGUCGCCAAUUUACCCUUAAUGACUGGCGGUGUUGAUAUCUCAGUCUCGAAAAUGGAAAUAACCAAGUUUUGCAAGGUUGUGUUGAGCAGAACUUCCUGGUCGAAAAAUGGCGAUGGAUCCAGAUCCAUAUAACGCUCAGGUGUAUCUGAGAUCCCUCCCAAGCGAUUAAUAAAGUCGAGUUUGAUCUCCUCCAAUGUUAUUUUGAGGUUGGGCAUCUUCUUUGAACUAGUCUCCUGCUUUGUGCUCUCAACUGGGGGCGCUUUCUUGUAUUUCACAGCGUCCAGCAGCUUCCCAACAACCAUCGCUAGUAAGAAGCCCAAUGAGGCGUCGAAUUUAAGAUUUAUGGGUGACAGGUUCACCUCUAGUGUUUCGUCAAUUUUCGAAGCCCCUGAUGCUGCCUUGUUCUGUUGCAUGGAAGGCCCGCCAUGCAUUGAAAAGGCACCUGGAGCUUGAGGGUAUGUAGACCGUCCCAUUGACUGCGAAAGCUGGGCUACAGAUUCUGGCGAUGCAGGUUGAACAUGCAGAUGCUGGUGCUGUGAUGGGAUAUAUAUCGAGAUGGUUUUCAAAUUUAGAAUCUCCUUGACUAGACGCGUUGGUCCUUUGGGAGUAGCAGCACCUUCCUGUUGUCUGGUAGGCGUACGGGGAUUCUCUGGGUCAGCAUCAGUAAGACAUGCCCUUGAAAACGCAGGCUCUGAAGAUUCGCUAUCUGAGGCAUCCAGUGAUAUUGAGGGAUCAUCUUUCCGAUACAUCGAGUGUCUCAAGGUAGUGGAUGGUGCUAUGGCAUUCCCUGAAGGAUCAUCAUCGUCGUCGUCAUCUUCCCAAGCGCCGGGAAUGAAAGGCUUCGACUCUUGUUCCAAUGGUACAGUGGCUGGAGCCUCUUGUAACUCUGGGCUCGGAGGCUUGACAUCUGAUAUCUGAGGAGGAAUCGCUUCUGGCAUGUCGGGCUUUGCGUCUAUGGUGUCUGGCUCAGUUUCUUCGUUUGCCACAUGUGUAUGCGCCGUCGUAGGUGGAGUUACUGCCGCCUCGACUGGCUCAACAGGUUUAGCUGGCUCAGAAAGUUGUUCCGCCUCUUCGAUCAAGUCAUCUUGGGGUUUCGGCGAAGGUGCAUUGCCAUGAGAAGGAACUGCUGGCAGAAAGGCCGCUGAUUGAGCGUUAGUCUGUGAGAAAGCGCUCAUGUACAUGCUCUCUGCUUCUUCGUGUGUGUACAUAUGAGACUGUGCCAGGUCUUCAGCCGAUCUCGCACCAAAGCUCUCACUUGAAGAAGUCCGACUGAGGUGCUCGUUUGAAACGCCCCUCCUAGAAGCUUCCAAAUUAACUUGUGUCGCUGGCGUCUCGAGUGUAGGUGCAGAUCUGGCUUCCCGUUCUGCGAUCGUCCACUGAGGUCUCUCGUUCUCCAGCGCAGUUGAAUGAGAGCCGUGUUCUCCGGGAAGAAAGGUUGAGUGAAAUACAGGUUCGUCAUUGGGACUGUUACUGAAAUCGUGAUACAUCGAUGCCCGGGGGGUCACGGGGCUAUCUUCUGCAUCAUCAUCCUGAGGGCUUGAGAAUUCGUAUGGGAUUCCAAGUGCGUCCUCACUGUCGCCGAGAGGAUAUUCGUGCUCUGGAGACUCGUGAUCGACGGAGUAUUCGUCUCUGAGGCUCUGCUGUGAGCCAGCCAAAGAAUUAUCGGACUGAAGACUCUGGUGUGAACCCGCGAGUCGUUGAUUGAUGCUGUGUUGUGAAAGAACUAAGGGUUCUACUUGCGGAAAACCUGGCCGUGGUGAAGAUUCUUGCUCUUCUGAUCGUAUGCUUGCCUGCGAUGCUGUCACGGAUUCCUCGUGAAGGCUGCUCAAUGAAAGUGUAGUAGUCUGGCGUGACGGUGGAUUCCUGGUCAUAGCUGGAGAAGAAGCAAGCGAUGGCGAAGUGACGGAAGGCGAUCGCGCCAAAGCAGAAAAAACAUUUGCUUCUGAAAUGAGGUACGCCCGUACGUUUGACAAUGAAACAUGACGCUUGCCCUCCUUUGGUACGAUGGUGGGAGAUCCUUCAGCGUUAUCAGAGGAAGUGGUAACACCCUCGACAUCGAUGCCAUCAAGUGCAACUUGAAAUGACACCAACUCAGUCGUAGUGGUGUUUGGUUCAACAGGCACUUCAACGUCCAGCUGAAAAUUAACACCUUUUAUCCUUACCUGCGUUCGGUCGACGAUGCCCUGCAAAAAGUCGGCCAAAAACGCUGGGAGAGAAAGGGCUUGGCCUGUUCCGUAUGCCAAAUCGUCUUCACUGCCAUCAUCGCUCAUAGCGAUGGAAGCGCCAAGAUCCUGGGUUUCGGCGGCCAAAGCGUCCUCGAGUUUCCUUCGCUCUGAUCGUGGCUGCGUUUCAAGGAAUGAUUGCGCAAGGUCGACGGUGUUCGGUACAGCGGUGGUCUCUUCGGGUGUUCUUGUGCCUGAUGAACGAGCCGGUUUGGAUUCCGCUCCUAUGACUUGCAGCGCAAUAUCAACACCGUCGACCUCGACUAUUAUAGGGCUUGUGUAAAAGUCCAUCGGGAUGGUGACUCGCAGAAGCAAAACCUUGGCUUUUUGCAAUCUGAAUGUGUCAGGAAGCUGCAACAGCUUGUUGAGUUUCUAUGGC